CAACUGUUCGUUUGGAGACAUUGUGUUUUCAACUUUUGAGAUACAAUUAUAAACGGAUUAGUAAACUUUUAUUAGAGGCAUUAUAUUAUCAAUAUUUGCUGAUAUUUGUGCUAGGAUCCUGAGACAUACAACAUCAGAAGACACCCACCUAGCAUCCAGUAAACAUGACAGACUCGGCAGAAUUUCUAAAACUGACAGGUCAGAAAUCAGAAGAUGUGCCCGAUAUUGACCUGGACAAUAUUGAUGAAUUACUUGCUCAACUCACACAAGAAGAACUGGAUGAGCUUAACGGUGACUUUGAUCCUGAUAAUUCCUUCUUGCCCCCGUCAGAACGAAUGCGCUCUCAGACAACUAAGGAUCCUACCGGUCCAUUCAGCCGUAAAAAGCUGCUCGCCUUUCUAGAGAAGAAGGCUAAGGACGAAAAGGACUGGGAGAACAUCAAGCAGUAUGUGAAGAAAGCUCCGGGGUCUUCAGAUGUGGCAGAUAUUUCAGAGAAGACCUGGAAAGCUAAGGAAGUGCCAAAGACUCAGGAGGAAAAAGACAUAGAUACAGAGUGGGACGACAUUCUGACACAGGCUACAGAGGAUGAGCUUGUCGAUUUAGCAGCUGUGUUGGGAUUUCAUGGGAUGCUGAAUCAGACCCAGUUUUAUGCCUCGGAGAAUAAUGAGAAACUGGAGAGUGGGGGCUUUGCAGGUUUGGCAAAAGCAGAACAACUGAAGGUCGCCCCGUUUGAGCCACCAAAUACAACAGACGUCGAACAGAGCAUAAGACUCAUCAAGGAUAACGACUCUUCGCUUAAACAUCUGAAUCUGAAUAAUAUUAAGAAUAUUUCGUAUGAACGUUUGGAAGCUGUGUGUGACGGACUCAAAACAAACACACAGUUAGAAACCCUUGAAAUGGCGAGUGUUGCUAUGACAGACAGAGUCGCAAAGAGACUUAGUGAAGCAUUGAAAGAAAACAAAACGCUUACUUCACUGAACAUAGAGUCUAAUUUCGUCACGGGAGAGUUGAUAGUGGAAAUACUGAAGUCCAUAAAUGUCAACAAGACUGUGACAGAGUUUCGAGCCACAAAUCAGAAACCAGAAGCCCUGGGGAAUAAAGUAGAGACUAAGAUUAUAAAGUUGGUCCAAGAAAAUGACAAAAUGAUGAAGUUGGGACUUGCUUUCGAAUUCCCGGAAACUCGGGUGAAAGUCACAGAGAAACUACAAAGCAAUUAUGAUCAAGUACGCAAGAAGCGAGUAUCAGACAAAGGAGAAGCAUAAAUAACAUAACCACGGAGAACCUUAGUCAGUGUGGCAUGAUAACUACCUUUUGUGUAUCUUGAUACCCGUGACUGUGUCCUUUAUUCUUCUGGUUUUAUCCUCAAGUCAUUUUACACCUGUGGACAAAAACCGUUUAACACUAUUUGGAAAUAUACCCAGAGAUACAAAUUAUGGAUGACUGUGUACAGUUAUAUGGAUACUAAGAUAUAAACAAAGGAAUACAAAUUAUUGGACAUCGAUUCAAACCUGUGGAAAAAAUCUGAACAUUUGGCUAAUACAUUUACCCAAUAAGUGCUGUCUAUACACCUGUGGGCAAACUUUUGAGGACACUUCCAUCAGACAUCUUCAAAGAGAUACACAUUGUGAAAUUGGUUCACAACUUUGGUCUGUGAACAUUAUCCAGGAUAGAAAUUAGCAAAGAGUCAUUGAUUUACACCUUUGAACCAGUCUGAAAACUUUUACUCUUGAAACUUUUUAAUAAAGAAAGUGUAGUUACAUCACAUAGUAUGACAUGUAUUGGAUGUGAGACCUUUUUUUGAAUAAAACUGUUUUGAUUGUUGGCACAUUUAGAAGUAUAGUUUACACACUUAGAUGAAGAUCCCAUUAUUUGUUGUUAUUAUUUCGAUAGAACCUUGAAAUAGAUCAGCAUUUAUUAAGACUUUGACAAUUUUUGCCUGAUAUUUGUUUAGUUCAUAUAAAGGAUAUCAAGUCUCAGAUCAAUGAAUUUGGUAAAUGUAACUGGGAUUUUAAUAUCAUGGUUAGUUAAAUGUAUACACCCAAGUUUUUUGUUUUUGUUUUUUCUAUGAACAAUGCCAUUUUCCUUAUAUAACCUGUACCAAUGUAUUAAAUCAGGAUUCUGUGUUUAGCUUUAUAUGAAAUCAUUUAUCUCAUUACAAGAGGAUUCUUGUUUUUAAUUUAUACUCAAUGUCAUUAAGAUGUUUUAUAAAAAUUAAAUUUAGAUCUUAUUUCUAAACUAAAUCAUGUUAGUAAAUUUGUCUUUUGCGUCAUGAACAAUUAUAUUGCACUGACAUUUAAUUAACAUGUAUUAAAAUAUUUUAAAUAUGAUUGAGAAUACAAUUUAAAGCUGCACUCUCACAGAUUGAACGUUUUGACAAUUUUUUUUAUUUUUUGUCGAUUGUUUAUAUUUUAACGAGCCGAUUUUUGUGAACAUCAAAAGAAACCAGUUAUAUAAGACUCCUGACAAAAGAGUAGAUCACAGAUUUUUAUAUUUAAGUUCAAAAAUUGAUGUUUUAUGCAUUUUUCUUAAACCAUUAGUAACAGUUUAAGCCAUAAAACUAUAAUUUUCGAACGGAUAUAUGAAAACCUGUGAUCUGAUCUUUUGUCAGCAAUCAAUUUUAUCGUUGGUUUGCAGGUAUUUACGCCAAAAAUUGCUCUUUCCAAGACAAAUAAUAAAAUUUGUAUUAAUGGUAAAUCUGUGAGAGUGCAGCUUUAAUGAAUAUUGUUAUUUUUGUUAAGCUUGUUGUUUUUUUUAAGAUGAAAAUGGUACUGCCGGUUAUAUAUGUAUUGCUUAGGAUUACAGAGCUUAGAUGUAUUGUAUUAAUUUGCUUUCUGUAAAAAAAAAUAAUAAAGAUUAUAUAUUAAUAGAGAAAUAAUUGCCAUAUUAUAUAUUAUUCAUAUAUAUAAAUGAUUAUAAAAGAGGUUACUUUAUUAUAAAAGAGAGAAAAAUAUAAUACUUUAAUACAAUCUCAAAUCAAUGAGGCUAACUGAUUUUGUCAUGUUUGCUGUGGUUAUUACUUUGAGGUUAACUAACUAAUCUUUAAUUCAGAUAAUUGUAAAAGUAUAUGUUUGAUAUAUGUUGUUUUUAUUUUUUUUGGACAUAUUUACUCUCAAUGUUUUUAGUGAACUGCAUUUACGGACUAUAAUUCACAUAAAGUCACAGGUACUCGUUGUGAUAUGGGUACUCUGGCACUCAUUGUGACACCAGUACUCAAAUGUGAAAGGGUACUUCUUCGACCCCAGUACUCAUUGUGAACUGGUACUCCAUGUUAAAUAUUGCUUAACUUAAAAGCCCACAGAAUAUGUCUCCGUUCUUUUAUAGUAAUUUCUCAAUAGUGUAUGCCUUAAUCUGUGAUCCAAUUCUCUGAAUUAUGCCAUAGGACUCAAUCAAGAUUUUACAAUGUUUAAUAUGGUCAAAUGUCAGAAGAUAUUUUGGAGCUGCUUCAUCAAGUAUCCUUGGAGUGUCUUUACCCAGAAGGUAUUGUCACCAGUGCCAUUGAACUGUUAAAAAGAUCUCACAGGGGAGCUGUGUAUCAUUCAUAAACUUAAUUAAUGACUGUUUGCAAUAUUUAUGAAGAUAGCUAGGUUUGUUUGACCAGCAUCUGUCAACACACACACAAGAAAUUGCACCUUAGCUACAUUUAUAAAAAAAUAUUUUAAUGUAAGGAUUUUCAUAACUAGAUAGUUCUCAUUUCUAUUAUUGAACAUAGUAGAAACUUGAUUGAGUUUUAGAUUUAUUCUGGUGAGCAAUAAGUAUAUAUUCUUUUAGUUUUAGCGCCCAUAUUGUACAGGCUUUACAUGUUCACACGUAAUUUUGCAUGAAAUGUGUACAUAUAUUUAUUAAAACAUCCUUCCAUAACAUGUUUAUUUUGAUUGAUCAGGUAAUACUUUACCAUUUUUGUAUGUCUUUAUUCAGUACUGUAAGUUCAUGAAUUAUUUGUUGUCGAAAAACCCAAAAAAGGUUUUAUAAUGUACAGUCUAUCUGUACCGAAGAAAAAAAACAAUUAUUUUGAAAAAUAAUUAUUUCAAUAUCUACUUGGAAGUUACUUGUUUGGUAACACCCACAUUCCUUGUCAAUUGAAAAAUCUGAAUGUUUUUUAAGGUCUUAAUACUUGACCGUAUACAUAUGUGUCUUUGCUUAAAUCUUGCCCUGUCAAGGGGCUAGUUAGUCGCUUUGUGUUAAAAGCAAUUUUUUCAUUGUAAACCAGUCAAUCGAUUAUGUGUGUAUCAGUCUAGUUAGUAGCCAAUUAAAUACAGCGUUAGAUAGCAUUGUGUAUCACAUGUACUCUGCUAGCCAAUCAUAAUUAUUGUUACUAUGAUUUUCAGAACAAUAUCUUACUAUAAACAUUGAACGAGAAAAAAGACCUAAAAACAGGAAAAUAAAUACCUUAUAGAAUGAUUAAGGAACAUUUGGAAACAGCUGUUUUAUUGAUUAAAUAGAUGUCAAUGUUGUUAUAAUUAUGACAAUUCAGAUCUGAUUUCAAUUUUACCAGAUGUGUCAUAACAGUUAAACUUAUAUUCACACGUUAUUUUUUUUUUCCAUUGUUGCUGUUCUAUAUAUAAACCUUGUACCAUCAUGAUUUGUGUUUUAAUAGGUGAACCUAGGAAAAGAUUUUUUUAAAUAAAUAAAAACUUAAAAAUA